AAUUAGAAAAGAAUACUUGUUAUUCACGAUGGAUAUAAAGACUGUUAGUUCUGACAUGACAUAGAGCCCUUCACCUCUUUUCAUGCGGAGCUGCCUGCACUUUUACAUUCAGACGUGUGGCCUUUCUUGUCCUCUGGAAUAACUGUUGUGAGAACUCUGGUUUAUGGAAGAUGCUGGAAGUGCUGGAGAAACUAAAUGGAUCCUAACAUCAUCAGGAGAAUGAAGGAACAUGCAGUGAUAAUGGUUUGGCUAUGGAUAAUGUGCCUUCUUGGCCUAGCAUCUUCUUUAGAAGAAAUCCUUUUGGAUACAACAGGAGAGACCUCUGAGAUUGGAUGGACCGCCCAUCCUCCUGAAGGGUGGGAUGAAGUGAGUGUCUUGGAUGACAGGAAGCAUCUGAUUCGAACAUUUGAAGUAUGCAAUGUGGCUGAGCCGGGACAGAAUAAUUGGCUGCGCACUCAUUUCAUAGAGCGUCGUGGAGCCCACAGAAUUCACAUACGCCUCCGCUUUUCUGUUCGUGACUGUGCCAGCAUGAGGACCGUGGCUUCUUCUUGCAAAGAGACUUUUACCCUUUACUAUCAUGAAUCGGAGACUGAUCUAGCCACUGCUGUGUAUCCGGAGUGGCACGAGGGCCCCUGGACCAAAGUGGAUACAAUUGCCGCUGAUGAGAGCUUCUCUCAGGUGGAUAGUUCUGGGAAGGUUGUAAAGAUGAACGUCAAGGUGCGAAGCUUUGGGCCAUUGACGAAGAGGGGUUUCUACUUGGCCUUUCAAGACUCUGGUGCCUGCAUGUCUCUGGUGGCUGUCCAGGUUUUCUUCUACAAAUGUCCUGCAGUGGUGAAGGGUUUUGCCUCUUUCCAAGAGACAUUUGCUGGAGGUGAAAGGACCUCUUUGGUGGAGGCACCAGGAACUUGUGUGGCUGAUGCUGAAGAAGCCAGCAGCACUGGCUCCUCUGGAGUGAAGUUGCAUUGCAAUGGGGAAGGCGAGUGGAUGGUGGCAAUUGGAAGAUGUGCCUGCCGUGCUGGCUAUGAGUCUAUGGACAGUGAGACAAACUGCAAAGCUUGUCCGAAAGGCACCUUCAAAGCAUCGGCUGGAGAUGCCCCUUGCAGUCCUUGCCCUACCCACAGUUAUGCUUCCAUCCCAGGCUCCAGUGAAUGUGCCUGCCAGACUCACUAUUACCGUGCUUCUUCAGAUAUCUCAGAUGCCCCCUGUACCAGCAUCCCAUCAGCUCCUCGGGAUCUCAGCUAUGAAAUUAUUGGAUCCAAUGUCCUCCUGACCUGGCGUCUCCCAAAGGAUCUGGGUGGUCGAAAGGAUGUUUUCUUCAAUGUUAUCUGUAAAGUGUGUCCGAAUGGCUCUCCAGGGCCUUGUGUCCGUUGUGGGGACAGUGUUCAGUUUGAACCCCGGCAGGUGGGGCUGACCGAAAGCCGGGUGCAAGUGUCCAACCUCCUUGCCCGUGUUCAGUAUACUUUUGAGAUUCAAGCAGUCAACCUUGUGACUGAACUGAGCCCAAAUUCUCCACAUUAUGCUGCCAUCAAUGUCAGCACCAGCCAGUCAGUCCCUUCUGCUGUCCCUAUGAUGCAUCAGGUGAGUCGCACCCCAAGCAGUAUCACUUUGUCCUGGCCACAGCCUGAUCAGCCAAAUGGAAUCAUCUUGGACUAUCAACUGCGCUAUUUUGACAAGUCAGAAGAUGAGGACACUUCAUUCACCUUAACCAGCGAAACUAAUAUGGCCACCAUCUCCAGUCUAAGCCCAGGGAAGAUCUAUGCUUUUCAAGUACGAGCCCGGACAGCAGUGGGUUAUGGGCCAUACAGUGGAAAGAUGUAUUUCCAGACUCUUGUAGGAGGUGAGCGCUCUGAGAUGGUGCAGGAUCGAUUGCCACUUAUUGUAGGCUCAGCAUUGGGUGGCUUGGCCUUCAUGGUAAUUGCUGCCAUUGCCAUCCUGGCCAUUGUCUUUAAAAGUAAGAGACGAGAAACUCCAUACACAGAUCGCCUGCAACAGUACAUAAGCACUCGGGGCCUUGGGGUCAAAUAUUACAUUGACCCUUCUACCUAUGAAGACCCCAAUGAAGCCAUUCGGGAAUUUGCCAAGGAAAUUGAUGUAUCAUUUGUCAAGAUAGAGGAAGUCAUUGGAUCAGCAAAAGGAGGGUCAGUUCAGCAUGUUGCAGCUGGUUGGCAUGCUGCGGGGCAUAGCAGCUGGAAUGCGUUAUCUCUCAGAUAUGAAUUAUGUUCACCGGGAUUUAGCUGCCCGUAAUAUCCUGGUCAACAGCAACUUGGUUUGCAAAGUGUCAGAUUUUGGCUUGUCAAGAUUCUUAGAAGAUGAUGCUUCAAACCCAACCUACACUGGGGCCUUGGGUGGCAAGAUUCCCAUUCGUUGGACAGCUCCAGAGGCUAUCCAGUACCGCAAAUUUACAUCCUCAAGUGAUGUCUGGAGCUAUGGCAUUGUAAUGUGGGAAGUCAUGUCCUACGGAGAGAGGCCCUACUGGGACAUGUCCAAUCAGGAUGUAAUCAAUGCUAUCGACCAGGAUUACCGUCUUCCACCACCUCCAGACUGCCCUACUGUUUUGCACCUGCUGAUGUUGGAUUGUUGGCAGAAAGAACGGGUCCAGAGGCCCAAAUUUGAGCAGAUAGUCAAUGCCCUGGACAAGAUGAUUCGCAAACCAUCCGCUCUCAAAGCAACUGGCACAGGAAAUAGCAGGCCGUCCCAACAUCUACUGAGCAACUCACCCCCAGACUUCCCUUCACUCUCCAAUGCCCACGAAUGGCUGGAUGCCAUUAAGAUGGGACGUUACAAGGAUAACUUUGACCAAGCUGGCCUGACUACAUUUGAUGUCAUCUCACGCAUGACUUUAGAAGAUAUCCAGCGUAUUGGCAUCAGCCUAGUUGGUCAUCAGAAGAAAAUCCUCAACAGCAUCCAACUCAUGCGGGUCCACCUCAAUCAGCUUGAACCUGUUGAGGUCUGACAAACUGAGCACAGUCCGUUCCCCUUAAAGCACCUGGAGAAUCAAAUGAACAUAUUUUUUUUGCUGUCGAAGAGAGACAGAGCAGUCCAUUUCAGGCAUGGAUGGGGACACAGGAAACAUUGCACUCCACUUCACAAACCAGAGAAAAUUUAUAGAGAUUCUUUGCUUGUUUUUCUUUAUUUUUUUAUUAUAACUUGAAACACUACAAAUCCUGUGUCAUUUAGAGAUGGGUGGUAUUGUAUAUUUGGGGUGGGGUGGGUUGAUAGAACACAGGGUAGAGCUGAAAACGUAGCUUUGGAAUUGGAAAUGCACUCACCGCCAUUUCAAUGCCAACGUACAUGGGAUUGAACCCAUAACAGAAACAGACACCUCAGAAGAUUAUACUUUGGACUAGCGGCCUGUAAACGGCAAGUUUUAAGCUGGAGCAAGCAAGGUUGAGUUAAAUAUAGUGUUGAAAGACUGAGUUGCCAAAAGAGACCCCUAGAAAGCUUUUGUCCAGCUAGUGGAAUUUGGUGCAGAGAAGAGCAGUGGCACCAUUUUUUUUUCUUUUAGGCAGUUUUGGUUAAACAAAGCAAGACAGUCUGAAUGCUGUCUCAUCAGGUAGUGUAUUUUGGAUGCUGUUCAAGUUGGCAGAGAUGGACAAAUCCAAACCAUGGGACAGAGUCUAAACCAAGGGUCUCAAACUUGUGGCCGAUGGGAGGACAACAACCACUCUCCAAAACAUUUUCUGUGUCCUGCAAAAAUCUAUGCUUUGUAGGUGCUGAAGACAUAGCCCAGCAAGGCCAGAGGCCUGAGCUCCAAGGAGAAGAACAGCCCGGCAGCAACUACUUCAGCCCGAUGACCUCACAAGGUCUCCUUGUGGGCCAAGUUGCAUAGAACAUGCUCAGAGUCUCUCUUGCCAGCAGUGCGGCCCUUCUGACACUCCUAGUUGCUCUCACAUUGCAUUGUGGAUGCUGUUUCUGAGUUGGUGCUAAAUUCUGCUGGUGGGAGCAGCAAGGAAGCAAAGCAUAGCCAGAAAAAGAGGUCAGGCCUGGUGGAGAAGGGAGAAGGCAGUUGAGAGAAGGGUUGUAGCUCUCUGCCCUGUUGCAAGUUCUGCCUGAUGGGCGUAGCGUGGGAAAGACAGAGGACAAGCAAGCAAGACCACAGGAGGGGAAAGGAGAGGAGAGGUGGUGGGGCAGGGUGAGACCAAAAGAAAAAUGUCUCCUUUCAGCAAGGAGAGAGAAGAAAAAAGGGAUUGGACAGCUCUUAAUGGGAUGGCUUUCCUACUUUAUUUCAUCCUAGGUAUGAUCAUGAAGAAAUAUUGCAUAUCAGCGCAGUAAUAAAAACCAAAUAUUGGUGUUCUAGUUAAUGAAAAAUGCUGCCAGCUAAGUAGCCAAAGUGAAAUAGCUGUUUUGCAGCACUGUUUUGCAAGUAGCUCUGUUUCACGGUACUUUUUAUAUUUAAUAAAUUUAUGUUUAACGGCGCAAUACUCUUCAUUUUUUACUUCCUAGAUACUUUUGAAUCACGGCAUGAGAAGGCUUGAAAGGGUGAGGCCCUCAAGCUAAUGAACCAAUCCCAUGCAGAACUCAUCUGAACUGAGCUUGAGCCCCUGGUCUAGAUGUACCGCAGUUCACUUGAAUGGGAUUUGCACUGGAUAAUAUUGUUGUGUAUUGGGCCCCAUAGUAAUUGGUAAGAGCUUGGUGGGGGCAUUUGGAGUUUUAGUCUUAGGACCCGAAGCAUUUUGGGCCACCCGUGGAUUGUGUUGAUCCUCUGAUAGGAUGUCAACAGCCUAGUUGAAGUAAGAGUAGGUAGCAGUACAGUAUGUCUGUCUCUAGGAAGAUGAAAAGUCCUUCUUUGCAAUGUUCAACUGGAUAUGGAGACCACAGAAACUGAAAUAAAACAUUUUACAAAAAA